AAAAGAUUACCGAUAAAUACAUUUAUAUAAAAACUGCAUCAGUGAUUUUAUUAAUUUGUCAGCCAGGAAUUAUCGCGAUCCCUUCUAAAUUACAAUAUGAUACCCUCUGUGUGCAUUUUAGCGGUGCUUAUUGUUACAGCUUUUGGUGACAAUGCAGAAGAGAGUCGUUUGGCCAUGCAGAAUCCUGAUUUGUUCGAAGGAGAUAUCAUUGGAAUAGAUUUAACUGACAGAAAUGCCAUUCCUCACAAAGCAAAACGUUGGCCAAACAAGAAAGUCCCCUACAUUAUCGAAGGAUCGCUCUGGGACAAAAAGAAUUUAAUUCUUGAUGCUAUGGAUGAUUUUAACAUGAAUACGUGUCUGAAGUUUGUACCGAGGACUACAGAAAAAAACUACGUCAAACUUUUAGCAGGAAACGGAUGUUAUUCACAAGUUGGCAUGAACGAUCGAGGUGAACAGCAAGUGUCCCUGGGCAAAGGAUGUGACCACAAAGGAGUUGUUGUUCACGAACUUGGACACACAAUUGGAUUCUUUCAUGAACACAACAGAUCUGAUAGAGAUACAUAUUUAAUCAUCUACUGGCAGAACAUAAAAGAGGGGAUGGCACCACAAUUCACUAAACUUGAUGCACACCAAAACAUCAUCUACAAUAAAUUUGAUCAUGAUUCCAUUAUGAUGUAUGGCAACUUUGCCUGGUCCAAGGACGGCAAGCAAAAGACAAUGAUUUCCAUGAAUGGCAAAAAGCUUUUGGAAAUCAAAGACAAGAAAGGACUGACAGCCAGUGAUAUACAGAGAAUCAACAAAAUGUACAACUGUUAAUGUAAUAUUUUGCUAAACUGCAAAUAAAUGCAUUAUUUCUGAUA